AUGCGGUUUCAUCAGUAUUUACUAGCAUCUUUGGGUUGGUGCUUGUCAGCUAUGAAUAUUUUCAGCUUUUUUUGUAUUUUGGUAGUUUGUGGAAGAAGCGUCAGUCAGGAGCAAACGUAUGUCGUUUCUGCACCAAAGAUCUUGCGUGUUGGGGCAUCUGAAAAGGUCGUAAUUCAAGCAUUUGGAUAUAAGAAUGAAUUUUCUGUCAAUAUUGCCAUUAAAAGCUAUCCAGAUAAGCAAACUGUUUAUUCUUCUGGCCGUGUUUCUUUAUCUUCAGCCAACAAAUUCCAAGGUUCUGUAACGUUAAUGAUUCAGCCAAAAGAUUUACCAGGACCAGGGAGCUCAGUCCAUGUGUAUCUGGAAGCUAGUUCUGUGCAUUUCACAAGAGAGAAAAAAAUGCUGGUUACUUACGACAAUGGAUAUCUCUUUAUUCAGACAGACAAACCCAUUUACACUCCUGAUCAAUCAGUGAAAGUCAGGGUUUACUCUUUGAAUCAAGAAUUGAAGCCAGCCCAAAGAGAAACUGUCUUAACUUUUGUGGAUCCAGAAGGAGUAAAAGUGGAUAUAAUAGAAGAAAAUGACUUUACUGGAAUUGUGUCUUUUCCUGACUUCAAGAUUCCAUCUAACCCUAAAUAUGGUACCUGGAAGAUUGAAGCUAAAUACAAGAAGAGCUUCACAACAACAGCUUUUACUAAAUUUGAAGUUAAGGAAUAUGCAAUGCCAAGUUUUUCCGUCUCCAUAGAACCAGAAUAUAACUUCAUUAGUUUUGAGAAAUUUGAGAAAUUCAAGAUAACUAUUCAAGCUAGCUACUUUUAUAACAAGGUGGUUGCCUGGGCAGAUGUUUUUGUCCGUUUUGGAAUAAUUGAAGCAAAUGAAAAAACAAUGAUGCCAAAAGCAAUGCAUGUAGCUGAGAUGACAAAUGGAGUUGCAGAGAUCAAUUUUAAUAGCAGAAAUGCAGUUAGAGACAUAGGCCGCCAAAGUCUAGAAGAAUUAAAUGGGGCAUACUUAUAUAUUGCAGCAACAGUGCUGGAGUCUGAUGGUGGACAUAGUGAAGAAGCUGAAUUUUUUGGAGUCAAAUUUGUCCUGUCUCCGUAUAAACUGAACUUGGUUGCUACUCCUCUUUUUGUGAAACCUGGACUUCCAUUCUCUAUAAAGGUGCAAGUGAAAGAUACGUUGAGUCAGCCAGUUGGAAACCUCCCUGUAACUCUCACUGCAAAUGUAGUUAAUGAACAGAUGGAUUCAACUCAUUUGGUACGAGAGGGCUCAGAAUCUGGGAGGAGACAAACAAGCAGGACAGACGGAACCGCAUUAUUUAUUGUUAAUAUUCCAUCUGAUAGCAAAACACUGGAGUUUCAAGUAAAAACAGCAGAUCCAAGUCUUUCAGAAGAAAACCAGGCAACUGAACGCUAUGAAGCAACAGCUUACUCAUCUCUCAGCAAAAGCUAUCUAUAUAUUGACUGGGCUUCAAACCAUAAAAUGCUCCAUGUGGGGGACCAUAUCAACAUUAAUGUGCAUCCAAGUAGCCACUAUAUUCAUAAAAUAUAUUAUUACAGCUAUUUGAUUCUGUCCAAAGGGAAAAUAAUAAGCUUUGGAACUCAGGCUAGGAUUAACGAUACAGACUAUGAACAUGUAAGCUUUCAGCUAACCCAAGAUAUGGUUCCUUCAGCCCGUCUUCUUGUCUACUACAUUGUCACUGGAGAGAACACUGCAGAAUUAGUAGCUGAUUCGGUUUGGCUGAAUGUAGAACAGAAAUGUGGGAACAGCCUUGAGAUUAAAUUAUCAUCCAGACAAGAGUCGUAUAAGCCGGGAAAGAACAUACCGUUUUACAUGAAAACCCAGUUCAGUUCUUUCGUUACUUUGUCAUCUAUGGAUAAAGCCAUAUAUGGAGUCGCUGGGACCAGAAAGAGGUCUAUGGAAAGAGUAAUGCUAGAAUUGGAAAAGAGUGAUCUUGGAUGUGGUGCUGGAGGAGGACAGAACAAUGUUAAUGUAUUCCGCUUAGCUGGGCUUACAUUUCUAACUAAUGCUAAUGCAGAUGAUUCAAAAGAUGCAGAUGAGAUGUGUGCUGCAAUUGUACGAUCCAAACGAUUUGACUUUGAGGAGGAAAUAAAGAAAAGAGCAUCCCGAUAUGUACUUGAAGCAGUUCGUCAGUGCUGCAUGGAUGGAGUAAGAGCCUAUCCAGUCAGUGAGACUUGUGAGGAAAGAACUAAACGAGUUCAGGGUGGCCCAAAGUGCUUAUAUGCAUUUAAAGAUUGCUGUGAAUAUGCAAAUCAACUGCGUCAGCAAGAGCCCAACAAAGUUCUAAUGUUGGCACGAAAGCAAUUUGAGGCUUUCCUGGAUCUGGUUAAACCAGAGGUUCGAAGCUAUUUCCCUGAAAGCUGGUUAUGGGAAGUCCACCAGGUUCCCCAAGGAUCAAAGAGUCUUCCAGUAACUCUGCCUGAUUCUCUGACUACAUGGGAAAUACAAGGUGUUAGCAUUUCAGAUAAAGGUAUAUGUGUGGCUGAUCCACUUGAAGUGCAGGUUUUUAAAGAUGUCUUCCUGAGCAUGCAUAUACCUUAUUCUGUUGUGCGUGGAGAACAAAUUAAAUUAAAAGGAUCUGUUUACAACUAUGGAACUUCCACACUUAAGUUCUGUGUUAAAGUAGCUGCUGGAGAGGGAAUCUGUUUGUUUGGAGAAUCUUCAACUGGUCCGCAGAGGAUGCGGAAUUGUAAAUUUAGCAACAUAGAGAGUUCUUCUGUCUCAUCAGUAACCAUCAGGCUGCUGCCUUUGGAAUUAGGUCUUCACACAAUCAACUUUACACUGUACACUGGCCGGGACAGUGAAAUUUUAGUGAAAACAUUACGUGUUGUGCCAGAAGGCAUUAAAAGGGAACUUAAUGCAGGUUUCACUCUGGAUCCAAAAGGUGUUUAUGGUUCAGUCAGAACAAGACAAGAAUUUCGACACAGGGUACCAUUUAAUAUGGUACCCAAAACGAAAAUGGACAGGACUGUGAGUGUAAAAGGACAACUUAUGGGUGAAGUAAUCUCUGCAGUCCUCAAACCUGAAGGUGUUGGUUUUCUUACUAAUUUGCCCAAGGGCAGUGCAGAGGCUGAGCUUAUGAGUAUUGUACCAGUGUUUUAUGUGUAUCACUACCUGGAAAAGACCAGUAACUGGGAUUUACUUGGCACUGAAAUCUUGACUUCAGAAGUGAAGAUGAAGAGGAAGAUGAAAGAAGGAAUUGUAAGCAUAUUGUCAUUCAGAAACAGAGACUUCUCCUACAGCAUGUGGAAGGACGGGAAACCCAGCACUUGGUUGACCGCUUUUGCCUUAAGGAUUUUUGGACAAGUUAGUGAAUAUAUUGAUCUGGAUCACAUUUCUGUUUGUAAUUCACUUGUAUGGCUUACUGAUUGUUGUCAGAUGUCUGAUGGAUCAUUCAAGGAACUUUCAAGUUAUCAGGCAGUGAAACUACAGGGUACUUUACCUAAAGAAGCCAAAGAAAAAGCUUUGUAUCUCACAGCCUUUACUGUCAUUGGAAUUGAAAAGUCAAUUCACAUGUGUCCAGUACAGAAACUCCAAGAUGCUAAACUUAAAGCAGAAGAGUAUUUGCUGAGAAAUGUCCAAGCUUCCCAGAGCACAUUUACUUUGGCAAUAACUUGUUAUGCUUUGGCUCUUAUGGAUUUGAACCAUCCUGGUACACGCUUAGCCUUUGGCAACUUAAAGAAAGAAGCUUUUGCAAAAGGUGAGCCACCUAUUUAUCGUUUUUGGAAAGACACUUUGAAGAGCCUAGAUGCUUUUACCCCUAAUGCUGGCACCGCACAGAUGGUCGAAACUACAGCAUAUGCUUUGCUUACCACUCUGAAGGGUGGGGACAAAAUGUAUGCCAAUCCAAUCAUUAGAUGGUUGUCUGAAGAACAGAGGUUUGGUGGUGGAUUUUAUUCAACACAGGAUACAAUUAAUGCCCUUGAAGCUCUGACUGAAUAUUCCAUUCUUGCUGCACGCCUUUCUUUGGACAUGAAUGUUAAGGUGGCUUACAAAAAUCACGGGGACCUUCACCUCUACAAACUGACAGAACAAAAUUUUAUUGGAAGGCCUGUGACAGUACCAUUGGAUGAAGACAUAUAUGUAAGCACAACUGGUAACACUGGCUUAGCUACAGUGAAUGUGAGAACAGUAUAUCAUACCAUCAGUACUUCUGACGAGAUAUGUAACUUUGAGUUGACUGUUACUCCAAAGACAAAACAAGAUGAAAGAAGACAAGAGGGGGAAAAACCUGAGCGUCUAGAAGCCUGUGCAAAGUACAAGCCUGGUGUGAGAGAACCACAGUCAGAGUCUGCACAUGCAGUGAUGGAUAUAAGUUUGCCUAGUGGAGUGGAAGCAGAUGAAGAAGAUUUAUAUAUUCUUGCAACUGGAGUUGAUCAGUUGAUAAGAAGCUAUGAGAUAAAGGAUGGACAUAUUAUUAUACAGAUAGACUCGGUACCAGCUAAUAAAUUCCUCUGUGUUGCGUUCCGGAUAAAUGAGAUUUUUCAUGUUGGAAUGCUGAGUCCUGCCACGUUCACUGUAUAUGAAUAUCAUGCACCAGAUAAAAAGUGCACCAUUUUUUAUAAUCCUUAUGGAGAUGACAGGCUUGUCAGGCUGUGUGAAGGAAACGAGUGUAAAUGCAUGGAAGCGGAGUGCAGUCAAAUGAGAAAGAAAUUAGAUCUCUCAGUAUCUGCUGAUACCCGGAACGAAGUUGCAUGCCAACAAGACAUUGCAUAUGUCUAUAAAGUGAAAAUCUUGUCUUACAAAGAAGAAGGUAGUUUUAUUAAAUAUACAGCAACUCUUCUGGAUGUCUAUAAAAGAGGGGGGGCUUUAGUCAAGAAAAAUGAUGAAACAACUUUUGUUAAAAAGAACACCUGUUCUGAUGUGGUAUUGAAUCCGGGAGAACAGUAUUUGAUCAUGGGAAAAGAGGCCUUGCGAAUUGUAGUUGGCUUCAGCUUCAAAUACCAGUAUCCAUUAGACUCCAAGACUUGGAUUGAGUGGUGGCCUUCAAACACAGCUUGUCCUUCCUGUAAACAGUUUGUAGCAACCAUGGAAGGAUUUGUUGAAGAUCUGUUAAUCUCUGGCUGUUAA